GCUAUCUCAACACCUCAACAACACCUCAACAACUCUUUGACACCCACAAGUAGCCCUCGACAGCACGGCCCAGUCUCCCACAGCCCGCAAUGACAAGGCCAGGCUACCACCUCUCCAUCCUCGUCCUUCUCCUUCAUGCAGCCACGAGCAUCAAGGUGGAGAAAGUGGAGGUGCCCCGUGUGGUACGUGCCGGGGAGAGCGCACGCCUGGAGUGUCUGUACCAGGAGGACGGAGACAAGCUUUACUCCCUCAAGUGGUGGAGGGGAGAUGAUCAGUUUUACCAGUAUGUGCCGCCCUCCCGCAACGCCUUCCCAGUCAAUGGCGUGGCGGUUAACUUGUCCGCAACUGCCACUCUCAACUCGCGGAGCAAUGGCAAGGAAGUGGUGAUGCUGGAGCGGGUGGGGCUGGACUCUGCUGGGGUGUACAAAUGUGAGGUGAUGGCGGACACCAGCUUCCAGACGGAGUUCAGGGAAGCUAACAUGACCGUCAUAUAUGUGCCAGACGGGCCGCCCACCAUUGCCCCCGCCCUGGGCACCCACAGCCACAACAUCACCGUGGGCCAGAGAGUCACGCUGCGCUGCUCCUCUCGCCCCGCCAACCCCCCGCCGCUGCUCACCUGGCUUAUCAACGGAAGACACGUCAACUCUUCUUGGGUCAGCGUGGAGUCCCCAGUGUUCCAGCGUGACCUGGCGCGUGUGUCCUCCAAACUGACCUUCCCCGUGACCCCUGACCUGGUGGUGGGGGGCGGGGGGUGGAGGUCACCUGCAUAGCCACCCAGGCCACCAGGGAGGGCCACACCACCCCCCUCAGGGCCAGCUUCCCUCUCCACCCCUCCUCCCCAAUGUCGUUUUGGGAGAGAAUUUUCAGCAGUGGUUCCUCCCUCCACCACCGCCGCUGCCACCCUCCCCUGCUGCUCCUGCUUGCCGCCCUGCUGUGUCUGCUGUCUCCCCACCUCUGCUGAAGGGCCUCUAUUCUCCUCUCUCCUCCAGCAAGCUCCCCAUGCGCUCACCAAUUGCUUAAGUCUCCCCUUCCGCGUCUCGGCUCUCGUUUUCUUUCGGUUAUGAGUUUUGGGUGUUACAUUGGAGACCUGCACAUCUGAGCUACCUGGGUACUAAUUGGCUGCCAGCUGCAAGGGUAAUGGAGCACAGCCAAUCAGCGCCAAGAUCACGUGCGUGGCUGACCAAUCACGUGGUCCUGCUGGCUGCCCUUCCCUGGUGAGCUGCAGGUAAGCCAGGAGCGCGGCAGGUGAUUGAAUUUUCCUGUGCUUACCUGUCCACCUCUCCCUCACCUGCCCACCCUUCCCUCACCUGUGCUUCCUCCGCAUCACCUGUUUCCUGAACACGGAAAGAUUGACAGCUUCAUCCGGGUGCAAAGGGAUGAAAAAAUGAAAGCAGAAGGACGCGAGGCAGAUGAAGGGAAGGUGAUGGAAGAGGAGGAAGAGGCCGGCGUCCCCUAGAAGGUUGCGGCCUGUGCCCCACCGUCAGGGGUCAGCAGUCUACCCGCUGGUGGUCAGUCUGUCAGCCGGUCAAUUGCCUGGACUCCUUCCCUCUCCCCCACCCAGCCCCCCCAUCCCUCCACCCCGCCCCGCCGCCGCAGCCGCCGCCCUCCGCCCCGCCACCAGCCUCCGCCACCUCCCGCCGCCCGUCCUUCAGCCACCGCCGCCGCCACCGCCACCGCCGCCGCCGCCGCCGCAGCGCCGCCACGCCCGCACGCCCCGUGGGGUCUGCGGCGGUCAGCUUCCGGGAAAGAUGUAUUAAUGAGUAGCUGGAAGGAGUGAGGAGGCAAGGUCCGCGAGGGAGGCGCGGCGCCGGCGUGACGCGGCGCCAAUCAGCGGGGAGGGGGCGGAGUCAGCGCCAUAUAUAAGGCGUGGGAGCGGGCGUGGGGCGUUUGUUGGCUGUGCGGCAUGAAGGAGCGCGCGGCGUGCACGGCGCCCACUGGAGGAGAUAACACGUGACAGUGAUCGUGUGUGCAACACUACACAACACCACCACACACCACCACCACCAACACCACCACCACCACACCUCACCACCGCCGCGCCGCGCCAUGAG